CCGAAUCAAAAAUCAUUGCAGGAAAAGCUUUACAGCUAGAGAUAUUAAGCAUUUACUGCAUUUACUGGUAAAUAUGCAGAUUGGUUGAACAAGAGUGAAGCAUAUAAGGUUUUAAAAUGUCGAUUCAUAGAAAUGCGUUCGCUUAUUCGAUGACUACACUUGCAUCAAUGAUGAUGCACUCGAUUUUUAACUUUUAUUACGUGAAGAUAUUCCUACAUCUUUAUCGGAUAUCAGAGACCUGGUUUAAUGUUGCACAAGUGAUAUUUUUAAUAUGGAACGCUAUUAAUGAUCCUUUGUUUGGAUACAUUCAGGACACUUCUAAAUGGGAAUUAUUUAGGAACAGAAAGAAAGCUAUUCUAUAUGGUGCUCCUUUUUUUGCUUUGAGUUUUCUGUUGCCAUGGUUUCCCUGGGUUCCUUGGGCGGCAGUGGGUACCAAUGAUUGGCUAGUCGGUAUCCAUCUGAUUGUAUCUCUUUGUUUUUAUGAUGCUCUUUUUACAUUUGUCCUGUUAGCACAUUGUGCACUGUUUGCAGAGUUAUCAAAGAAUAUGGAGGAUAGACAUAUUGUCUUACGAUACAGUCAGGUGGCAUCMAUGUUUAGUCCUAUUGGCCUGUUUAUAUGUAUUCUUGUUUUUCACCAUGAGCAAGAAAACUUUGUGUACUUCCAAGUAGUCUGUAUAGUAGUUGCUAUAAUUAGCUGGCUGUGUAUAUCCUACACGGGAAGAAACAUCCAGAUAGUUCAGGAUGUUAGUAAACACCCUAAUGAAGAAUCCAAGUGCUCAACAGAAGUCAUACCUCCAUGGACCUUGCUAAAACAGCUUAUAUCUCAGAAAAACUUAGUUUUCUUUGUGACAAUGAAUUUUUUUCAGGUCUUCCAUUCAACAUUUCARAGUAAUUUUUUCCUGAUAUUUGCAGAAUAUUUGAUAGGUCCUGAUGUAUUACCAGCAUUUGGUCUUAGUUUCAUAGCUGGGUCAUCCUACGUCGUUCCUCAGAUCAUCGUUCUCGUUUUAAGUACUCUUCUUUCUAAAUAUGGCUCGUAUUAUCUUAUCCUAUGGUCUAUGUACAUCAAGGAGUUUACAAGCUGCAUCUACGUCGCUUUUUAAUCUUUCGCUGGCUGAUAUUGUUGACAGUGACAYGGAAAAAUACAGAAGAAGGAGUCCAGUGUCGUCCAUGAUAUUUGGUACCAAUGCUCUCUUCACUAAACCAGCCCAGUCAUUGGCUCCAAUGUUAGUCGUAUUCAUCUUGAACAGAUAUGGUUACCAGAAAAAAGGGAGUCAAAAAACUCUACGAAGUUCAGGCGAAUAUGUUGCUCUACAAGACGUGAUGUUCCAACUGAUGUGUCUGGUGCCUAUGUUUAUCGCCUUUAUACAAAUAAUUGUAUGGAGAUGGUACACACUGCGCAAGUCGCGACACAAGAAACCGCUGCUUGGCAUCGAGGACACGAUUUUAUAAGCCGUGGAUUUUAUCCCACACUGAAAAUGGCUGUAAUAUCAAGAAAACGGUAGAAAACGGUGGUUUGAAAUUUAAAAUAAUUGUUUAUAAUAACAUUCUAAUAAUAAGUUAAAAAAAUACGGAUUUAUUUAUUUGCUACAAUUAAUUUUACAACCCUUCUUGAUAAUGACACCAAGUAAAGGGCCAGAAAAGAAACGGGCAAGAAAAACGAAAAUAAAAAUAAAUAAAUAAAUAAAUAAAACGAAAACAAGAAGCUGUAUUUUAGAAUAAUAGUCCCCUUCACAUUUCCCUGCGCCAUCUUGAAAGGUGAAUAAUUGUGUCCAAGGUGAUAAAAAAGGUCUCUAUCAUUGCCAGCUCACCGUUCGUCUCGCUUCGAUGCAAAGGCACGGCUAACUUUCAAGAUGGCGCAGAGAAAUGUGAAGGGGACUAUCGAGCAAAAAACAUUUUCAAUUGAAAGUGUUUUUUCGUCCGAAUGGUUCCUCUGGUCGACUAAUGUCGAAUAUGCAAAACUUAAUGACAAUUUUAAAAAUAUCAUAUGMAUGAAGAUAGAAUCACAUAUUCAACAUUAAUAUCAUUUCAAAAAAGUAAAAUCGAUCUAGAUACUUUUA